CCCGACUUCCUUCGGCGAACAGCCAGUCCACCCGGAAGAACAAACCAAGCAAAACAGAUCGAAAUGGCUACGCACUCCUCCACCGAUUCCCAAGCACCAUCCUAUCCAUCUCGAAAACAGCUGCCGAUCUAUGACGAACCUUCGCAGGAGAUCAUACUCGUCAAGACUGAACUUCCUCUCCAAGCUCAAGUUCGUUGGGCCCGACAGAAUAUUCAAUCCUUCAAGAAGGACCUCGAGAGCCGAUUUAACUUCGUCUUGGAUCAUGGAUUGAAUAUCGAGAAAAAGGUCGCGGGCACUUUGGGUAGUCUGAUCGAUCAAAAGGAGUCGAGCUCGUCUUCAGUACUCUGUGUCGGAAUCGGGACAAUGACGGGAUCGAUCCUGGCUCGAAACCGAUCGUUCCCCCUGAGGUUCCUUUCUCCGCUCGCAUUCUUUAUCCUCUCAUCCAACCAAUUCCUACCCACAACAACCCAGAACGUCAAGUCAUACCUCUUCAAGCUCCAAGAUCACCAUUUCCCGCAAUCGGCUGCAAGGCGUGAUGAGGUGAUCAAGCGAGGAGCGGAGAGUGUGGAAUGGCUAAAUGGGUUGAGACAGCGUAUGUUUCUGAAGACGACUGAGGUCGUCAAGGAUGGCAGUCAGGUCUUCGAAAAAUACAGUGGCUUGAAGAUCUCCCAUGACUCGUCCCCUGCGAAAAAUAAAACCGAAUAAAUUCAAUUCAUUCUUCCUUCAACAAACAAACAAACAAACAAACAAAAAACCAUCGGUCCUCUUUGAAUCUUCUGUUGUAAAGAAAUAAGAUUCCUUGUGGUUCCGCAUUCAAGCCUGACUAGCAAUCCACUCAUCUCCAUCAAAAUUUGUCUCCCC